AACGGAAGUAUUUGACGAUCAUUUCUAUUGUUCACUUUGCGUAAUUAAACAAUAACAUUUUUUUUAUUAAUACUUUUUUUGUCGUAAAUUCGUAAUUGCAAGACUUUAAGAUAUUGCUUUUUUUUUCUUAUUGUAUCCAAUCAUCGUCUAUGGAUGCUUUGAUUUUCAGUUUAGUGACAACCUGUUUUCGUAUAGAAAAGUUAUUGUAGUUCUUCUAGAUUCUAUCAUCACUCUUAUAGUUUGAUAAAUCAUUUUGAUGAAAAAUAGCAAGGAGAUAAAAAAAUUUCUAUCUAGGUAAAUACUGAUUGGCUCAUGACUUUGGAGAAAAACAAAAGAAUUUUCUGAAAGUUUUUCGAUGAAUUUAUUCCAUCAUGUAAUUAAUGGUUUUUAAAUACGUGCUAAUUUCAAGACAAAAAAUUAAUUUUUUUGUAACAAAAACAAUGGUUAUGAAUAUUUUUGAUCACCAAAUUUAUUAUUAAUACAAUCAAAGAUAGUAUAAGAAAUAACAGUCAUACUUUUAUUAGACCAAAAAAAAUUAUACAACACAGAAUAUAUAGUAGAAACAGAGAGGGUGUGAAUGUGGAUGUAGGUAGAUGAAGAGAAGAUUUGUGCCUGCACGCACACCUGUGCCAUGUUUAAACGAUUCACUUUUUGUUGAUUACAUAAAAAAUAUAUUCGCUUUAGUUUUUUUCUUAUGUCAGGGUUUAUCUUGGAUCGUCGCAUCAACAACGAUCAGAUCCAGGCCCGCAAUACUCAUUUACUCAUUUCUCAUUUUCCAAAUAAUCAAUGGGCAGUAAAUCAUGCACACGUCGUAUCCACAUCCACAUCCCUCUUUAUACGUAUUCUGAGUUAAUAGGAUCAUUUGAAUUAGAUGAGAUUGUAAUUAUUAUUUAACUUUAUCCUAUCGAUCAGUUAGCUUUUGAGAUAACUGCAUUAUCCGCCAUAAAUGCAUCAUCUAUUCGUAGUAAACACUAACUCUCUUUCAUCUAUUUCGCACUAAUAUGUUUAGUGAUCAAAAGACAAUGUUAUUCCUAAAACAAAACUUAUUACGUGAAAAUCAUCAUUCUGUCACGUAUUUUUGUUGUUUACAUAAUGCAUAGAAAGAAAAACUAAUAAGAGAGAGUAAUGAAGGAAGUAUCUUGUAAUAUGCAUUUUUUAAAUUGAAAAACGUUCCACAUUUUUAUAUGUUAAGAUUUAGUCUUGAAUGGUUUUUUUUUGAGAAUAUAUAACAUCUAAUUACCCAUACUUCGAGAAAACGAAACAAAAACAUACGCGUUUUUCAUACAUGUAUGAAUAAGCAAUGUGAUCUAAUGUUAUCAAGACAGAUCGUAACAAAAUGAUAUCCAAAAUAUUAAAAACACUCAUUUAUGCUUAGAGUCCAAAUGCGUGUCUAGAUGUCGAAUAUUUCUCGAGAUUUAAUCGUAUGAAAAAGUGCAUUUUCAAAACUUCGAUAAUAAAAAAAAAUUUUCAGGGCUUUAUAUUGUAGUUUUAAAUUAAAGUUUCGAUAAUAGAUAUCAAUUAGUGGAAACUAAGGGAGAUUUCAAUAUGACAAAUAAAAUAAAAUAUCUAAUCGAUAUUUAUAUAAGUAAAAUUCAUGAUCCUAUAUAAAAAUAUAUAGAAUGUCUCAAAACUUGCACUCUUUAAGUAAAUUCGUAUAACUUUUUGCGUAAUUAAUUUUAAUCAGUCAAUUUAUUAUUUGUUUUUCUAUAUGAUAAAAUAUUAGCGAAAACAGACUAAAUGUUGUCGAAUAAUUUUAUUUUUCAACAUUAAAGUUUUAACUAAUAAUUGUAAUGCUUAUGUGUAUGGUAAAUUAGCAAAAGAUAAUAUUCUAGGAAAGUUCAUGAAAAUUCAACGCAUUUAGUAUAUCUUCUCGAAAAUAUGAUAUUUAUAAAAAAAAUAAAGAAUAUUUUUGAUUUUCUAAUUAGAAAAUGAUCAACAUAGUCAUUUCAUAGAAAACAGAAAAUCUUUUAGCAUUCUGAUUUUAAAAGAAAUAUCUUGAUUUUUUUUCUCACAAUUAAUUGAUCUAUAAUUUUGAUAUUAGUUAGAGACUAAAAUACGUAAUACAUAUACGAAAUUAACAUUCGUGAAUAAAUAACAUAGAUCAUAAUAGCAUUUUUAACUCACGAUGACACUUCUUUUUCUACAAACAUAACUAUUUAUGAUACAGUGAGACACAUAGGUCCAUAAGAAAUCAAAUUCAUCAUGUUUUACUUUUAUGCCGACACAUAUUUUAAAGUUGUGAGAAAGAACAUUUGAGUCCUUUUAGUUCUUGUAGUCUUUUGAGCAUACGGAUGUAAGUCUGAGUGCUCGUGUUCUCUUAACUCUCAUCUACUACCUACACUCAUGCCCUCAAGAGUCUAAAAGAUGAAAAAUAUGAAAGCCAUAGUAGCUUGAAAAGCAUAGAAGUAAAACGGGAUCAGUUUAUUUUUUCGUGAAUCCCUUCCUGCGAGGUUAAUAAAUCAAAAUAAUUUCAUGUCUUUCAUGAGUUUUAUAUCAACUACACGAAGAAAAAAUGACAUGUUAGAUGACGGAAAUGAGAUAGAAAUUAUUUGUUUCAAUUUCAUUGAUUCAAAUGGACAUUUUAAUCAAGUAAAUAUAAUGAAUUAAAUUCUUUAUCAAAACCAUAGAACUAAAUUGAUGAAACUGUUCGUUGUAAUCAAUGAAAUUGAAAUACAUCAAUUUCAUCAUUUUAAUGUGAUUUUCUUUUCAUGUUUUGUGUCCUUGGAAUUCAUCAUUCAAAUAAUCAGUCACGAUAAUUGGAUCAAUAUGGCAUAUUUUUCCGUAAAUUCAAACUUCAUCUAGCUCUAUUAAUAUUGUAAUUUUUCUAUAACAUAGAGUUUAUUUCAUAAUACAUAGUGCAAGAUAAAUUAUAUUGCUUAAUUUUUUAAUGUUUAUCUUCUAUUCUUCACUUGAUUCACACAAAUUUUCUACAAAACUAUUGUUGAUGGAUUAUAGUAAAUCUUUAUUUAUUUGAAUGAAGUAGUUCCAUUGCAAACAGCUUUAGUCUGAAUAAAAAUUGAUCAACAAUACUAGUUCUAUCAAUUUGUCACCUUCUCUCAAAUAGGAAAAUUACUUAUCAAAACAAGCAAUGAACAGCUGAUAUUAUAUGAAAAUAUUGAUUAUUUACUCAAGGAGAAAAUUAUGUACUUCAGAAAUACAUAAGUACGCUUUUUCCCUUGGUUCGAACAUAUGGUUAAAUAAUUUUUUUCUUUUUAAAAUCAAAAAUAUUCGCACAUUUUAUGCUUCUGAACAAGCCCAAGUUCUGAAAUAUAAGUUACAAUUUUUUAAUCGAAAUCCAGAAAGAAAUAACUGUUCGAUUUUUGGAAGAGUCACCUGAAGUGUUUCACCACUUUUGAGUUCAUAUGUUAGUCAUAUAGAGAAAAUCUAUAGACUAGAAUUAUUACAAACAGAUUCGGUUUCACAGUAGGGUCAGAAAGUUUCAACAAAGGGUUUUCAAUCUGAAGUCAUGCGCAUUAGUAAAUCUCAUAAUCUUGAGAAUAUUCUGAAAGUUUCAGUCAAAACAAUCCAUCUCUUGAAAUAUUCAACACUCUAAAAAUCAUAAUUUUUUGUGACUAAUUCUAAAAUCUUAUCAAUUUGUGAACGUUGAAUAUUUUUACAAAAACACGUUGUUAUUCUACUAUAAAGAUUUCAUCUAAAUGAUAAAAAAAAAUGAGCAUAAAUGUGAUGAAUUACUUUGAGCGUAAUCCAAUAUAUUUUAAUAUUUUAGUCGAACAAGUACACAAUCCAUUCAAACCUCUUUGCUUCUAAUCAUUGAAGAAUAAAAAAUAAACAGAAGACCAAGUCCUAUUUUCUAAAAUAACAAAAAAUAGAACCAAUAUAAAAUGAUCAAUCUAGUUUUCCUAUAGAAAGAGCUUGUAUUCGUAUAAUAAAAGGAUCAAAUGAUAAUAAAAAACAAUCAUCUUCUGAUAAAAAAAUUUCCAAGUCAAAUAAUCAAGUUGAUGAAAAUUCAAUGAAAAAACCCCAAUUAUUUUAUCUUCAAAUGAAAUUUCAAAAGAAUGGUUAACACAUAAUGUUUUUUAUUGUUGUCAUGCUUGUUUACAUGAAGAAGUUUUUGUUGUUUUAUCACGUAAAUAUAUUAAUUUACAUGUGUCAUCAAAACAUGGCAAUAUGGAAGAAAAUUUUAAACAACGUUUAUCAAAUUUUCUUAAUAAUAGAGGACGUUCGUUAAAAAUUUUUCAACAUUAUUUAAAAUGGCAACAACCAUGGUCAGAAAAACAAAUCGAACAAACGAUAAAAAAGAAAUAUUUUCUUUUUUAUAAAACAAUAUAG